GGCCCAGUUUGGUUGGGCUGAUCCGGGUGGAUAGUUCCUCUAAUCCACUCGGAUCUCAGCUUUGGUUGAGCCCAACGGGGUCUGGGAUUGCACUUGGGCCCGGGUCCGGAUCAAGGAUUUACCGGAUCUCCCAUCAGGCCGAAGGAGGUGAGAUUGGGUAAUCUCAUCCAACUCUCAGCCCAAUCAAGUACAGUAUAUUACCUUUAUGCCCUGAAUAUUUAUUUCUAAUUACAAGACUACCCCAUAUAUAUAUGAAUUACCCCAAAAAUUAUUGUGUUAGCCCUAGAAUUUUACCGACAUAGCAAUACACGCUGUUCUUCGUUCUGCUUUUCUCCACUGUGGUCGGUUUUUUCACCGAGGUAAUUUUUCCGAUAAUCAACUCAUCUAGGUUCUCUAACACGCUUCUUUCUUCGUUUUAUAGGCCCCCCUAAACCGGUUGAAGAAUAAUCAACUCAUCAGAGAUUGAUUUCUUAUUUUUCAUACUUCACUAGUUUUUUUUUUAUUUGGUUUUUUCCGAUAAUCAACUCAUCACAGAUUGAUAUCACAGAUUUCUUCAAAUGCAUCCGAGUAUUGUUGAAGAAUUUUGGGUUUAUAUGGGUUUCGAUUUUUUUUAUUGUUCUAAUUAUCCGUUCCUUCAUCUCGUAAUUAAAUUUAUUUGUUUCCGUUUCGCAGGUGAUUUUCGAUUGUGGUUUCGUAGUAGUUCUUAGUUUGCCCGGGCUGAUUCUGUUAUGGCCGAACGAUUCCGGUGUUGCAGCUGGUUGACGGUUGGCUGUCGAUUAUCCCGGUUCUGCUACACGACGAUUUAAGGAUCACAAUUGUUAAUGGCGAACACGAGUGAGAAACAAGUAAUAGUUUUCGCGGUGUAUGAAUUAGUCGAACAAAUGCAAGUACUGUUAACAAUGCUUAGUAGGAUCAUCCAUUUGCUUCUACGUCGCCGCCGGGUCAAUAAUAUUGUCGGUUCAUCGUAUAGUAUGAGGGGUAAGAUACCUGCUCAAGUCCGAAAUUUGACUUACAUAAUUGGAAAUCCGACAAUGGGUUCCGGAACGGUUACUUAGGUGUGUUGGAACAACACAUGGCUCUAAAAUUUCCCGGGACCGACAUUAAGGCGGAUCCUAUGAUUUUAUCAAAGCUUCACGUUUGGAAAAAACAAUAUGGCUCGCUUUCCCAAAUGCUUUCAACGUCGGGAUUUUGUUCGAAUGAGUCGGCGAACACCAUUGAUGUAAUCGACGAUCAAGUGUGGAACAAUUAUGUUAAGUUCGAUUCAAAUGCCCGGUUGAUGCGCUAUAAAUCAUGGCUAUAUUUCAAAGAUUGGACAAUCAUCUUUGGAAAAUAUCGGGCUACGGGGGAAAGUGCCGAGGCUCUCGCCGAUGCGAUCAACGAUAUAUCGAAACAAGAUAAAGAAGCGGGCGACGAUUCAAUGGGUGGAGACCACAUACCGCAACCUGCCAUGCACUCCAACGAGAAUGACUCGGAGAACAUGUCCUCAUUGCACGGUGAAGGUUACAUGUCUAACAUGCAAGGUGAAGGGACUUCAACCUCACAUCAAAGUAGGGGUAAAAAGAAAGGCAACAAGCGUUCCCGAAACGAUGACCUCGAUGGCCGUAUCGUGGAUAUGAUGGCGGAUAUGACUAGGACUUUUGCGGAGACUAAAACAUGCCUAGGCGAGUUGGCCCACCGUAUCGGUUUUGAGCACGAUCCGUCAACUACACAUGUAAGAAGGUGUUGGAUGCCCUAUCGCCGUUAUGUUUAGGUGUCGAGGAUAAGAUUACUGUCGCUAAAGCCGUUUGCAAUAGCCCAACCGAUCUCGACAUCUUUUUUGGAUUAAAUGAAACCGAAAAGGGGGUUAUGGUUCGAAUGAUCCUCGAAGGGCGCUACUUCGGUUAGCUAGAAUAUCAUCCACUCACAAGGUGAAGAAACUUUUUCCCGUAUUCGGACCCUAUCUUGCGGCGUUAUUUGCAUUGAAGACAUUUCUGUUAGUUUUUCCGUAUGAACUUAUAAAUUUUGUGUAUUAUGGCCGAUUAUAUGUCUGUAAAUAUUCUGUUAGUUUGGAGCUACUAUGCCUAAAUGGUAAGCUGAAAAAAUAUUUUGUUAUUUAGGAGCUAAUGGUCAAUUUUAAACAGGUUCACGGGUUGUGUAAUAUUCCAAGGUUUUUGUCAAUAUGCAUGUGUUAUAUUCACACUGCAAUAGGUUAUACUUGCAGGCCUUCGUGCAGAUUUUUGUCAAUACGCAUGUCUUCGUGUUUUUUUU